AUGGGAGGGUUGAACUCCAGGUACGAGCUGGCCAUGUGGCCCGAGAGCAGCGAUGAAGACCUGGCGAGGGUCGUGAAGGUGGUGGGCGAGGGCAUCUCCAGGUGGCACCACGUGGAAGGCAACUGGUACAAGGUGUUCCUCUUGAUCGACACCCAGGGCACAGGAACGAUAACCUUCGAAGACCUGAAGAAGUUCUUGCGAGGCACGUACCCGGGCUUGCAUCUGAACCGUGAGGAGCUGCCCAGCGAAGACAUGUUCGGGCUCUGGAAGGCGAUGGACAGCACUGUGCAGAUGAAGGUGCCGAAGAGUGAGUUCAUGACCUUUAUGCGGAGGUACUCGGGUCAGGCCCCAGAGAAGCCCCCCCAGGUGCGGGACCUGGCGCAGGAGAUCGCAGGCGCCCCGGAGCUGGGCCGUGAUCAGCUCAGGGCUGUGGCCAUCAAGAUCCAGGGCAUCGUGCAGAGUUGGCUGGCGCGCAAGGGCUACACUUGUAACAGCUCGACGUCCCCGGAGGCCUGGGCCCAGAUCUUCAAGCACCUGGUGGACGGGGUGCGGCUCAGCUUCCUCGGCCUCGAGGCGGCGAUCUUUGGGGCCAUGAAGGGCAGAGGACAGGUGUCGGAAGCCGAGCUCAUGGCGCUGUGGCGGAUCCUGGACGUGGACAGAAGCGGCGAGGUACGGGAAGCUGAGUUUGCUACCAGCCUGUACCGUCUGCAGACGGAAACCUGGCCAAGGCUCUCGAAUAACAACAUCGAGCGGCUGAUUGAGAUCCUCAAUGCUGCAGCGCAGAAGUGGCACCGAGCCAGCGGGAACUGGUACAAGAUCCUCACCAUUUGCGAUGAGGAGGACUCCGGGCGCCUGAACUUCGACGAGUUCUGCAAGGUGGUGCGAAAAGGCUUCCCUGGUCUUUCCAUAGGUGUCGCUGAGAUCUCCGAGGAUGAGCUUCGCCAGCGGCCGAGAUAG